AAUGCGGUGUGGGAUUAAAGUUUCCGUGCACGACGAGAACAAGAAUGUCAAGUCGGUCAAGUCAAGUCAACAAGGGCAACACAGUAGCUGGAUGGGCAGAUGGAUUGCUGGGAGUCAAAAUGGUUGCGUGAUCGCAGUCGCCGGAUUCAGUGCUCGUCGAUGGUGCUCUGGUCGUCGAAGAUGUUGUUGGAAGACAGGAGUGGUGCAGUGCAGUGCAGUGUGGUGCAGUGCGGUCGAGGGCAGAUCAAAGAGGCAAUCCCUUCAGGCCAAGUGGAGGGCACAGCAAGCAAGCAAGCAAGCAAGCAGUAAGGAGCAAGAUGUGUCCCGGGAUCUCAAACUGACGCCGUCGAGUGCCUGCAGUGCGUAAGCAGCAAUGACUUCCAGCCCUUAUGCAGCAAAUCCAACCUGAAUCGCUCGCUGCUUCUAGGCCUGCUGUCACUCCUCCGGUAGCUGCGCUGGCAUUGGCUUCUUUUCCUUGCACUUGCUUUUGGUGAGCUGCUUCCGUGGCUCAGUGACGAACUUGGUCCACUUUUUUAGACGCAUCUCUACACAUCAGACACGAAACAGACGUGGAGAUCAGUGGGGGUUUUAGAUCUUGAUCUGGGGCUUUAUUCAACAGUACAGUAGAGUUCCAACCAGAUCGCGUGCCAUGGCUUUUCUUCUAGUAGUUUGCAUCGAUUUGGAGAUUCAAUGCAGCGACUACUUGGGGAUCUGGGGGGUAUCUAAAUAAAGAUCGAACGACCUGGAUCGUCUCAGGGGUACCGAGGGGAAGCUUAUGCUCCGAGUCCCGGGAGCGACAUUGAGACCAACACUUUCCUUGCUGUGCUGCGUCUCGGAAUCGUGUUUUCAUAACAUCUCUGGAGAAGAUCUCAGGAGAAGAGCUCAUAGGAUUGUUCAAGAACAU